UUCAUCGGUUGCCGAGAAAUUAGUCUGGAGGGAUGCGUGUGAAAACAAAAAAGAAAGACUUCAAGGAUGCAGAGUCUUAAAUCCUACAACAAAGCCAAUUUCUGCCACUCUUUGCUUUGGCAAGAUCCCCAUCUCCCUGUGCUGCAGACUGCCGAGUCCCACGAACGUUUUCUGCCCUGAAAGAAAUCAUAUAUAUAUGGUUCACAACCUGCGAGGUUGCACUUAGAUUAAUAUAUGAAAAGUGGUGUUUGUCUAAACUGUUUCUCAGUUUUUCAGGAAUCUAAACUCAUAGUACUUUUGCCGUUCUAAUAGCAGUUGGUGGGUUAGGACGUUGUAUCAAACGUUUAGAAGCUUUAGUUAUGAGUUAUAAUUGGCAUCGGCUGGAGAAAGGGAUGAGGGAUCAGGAUGAUGGAUCGGAUGAUUCAAGAAUAAAAACAAUUCUUGAUUCACAGGGGCGGUUGCUUCGAAGGUGGAAUAUGAUGAUUGCAUUGUCGUGUGUAAUUGCAGUAUCAAUGGAUCCUUUGUUCUUUUACCUUCCAAUCAGCAUUAAAAAAGUUGAAAAUAACAAGUGCUGGCGGUUGGAUAACGGAUUAAAGAUCAUAGCCUAUAGUUUACGAUAUGUCACGGAUUUCGUUAAUCUAUUGAACAUCAGUUUGCAAUUUAUUUGUCAUUACAUCGACGAUAAAGACUCUCGUAAGCUUGGAUUAACAAAGCGGUAUAAGUACUUCUUCUCGUGGUACUUCGUAAUUGACGUUCUCGCUAUUCUUCCUCUCCCACAGGUGUUAAUUCCAAAAAUUUUAUCAGUGAAGACAAGCUCUAAAUUUUUUAACACAAGGGAUUUCUUGACUGCUGUUGUUGUCUUGCAAUAUGUACCAAGAGUUUUGCGAAUCCACCGCUCGCGGAAGAUACUUACCGGGUCGGGCCUCCAACGUGUUAGGAUUGUACCGGCUGAAGCAGCUUUUAACUUCUUCCUGUAUAUCCUUGCAAGUCAUGUAUUGGGUGCCUUUUGGUACUUUCUUUCUAUCGAAAGAGAGACGGCUUGUUGGCAAAGGUGCUUUGAAAAGCCUAAUGGAUUCGGAUGUAGCCAAGGUGCUUUUAGAUGUACUGAUCAGAAUACUUGUCCGCCGCCAGCAAAUCCACCAAAUGAUCACGAUGCUUAUUUUGGAAUAUUCCUUCAAGCCGUUGAAUCUCGCAUACUGUCUAUAAGUUUUCCACAAAAGCUCGCAUACUGUCUCUGGUGGGGCUUACAAAAUUUGAGUUCUCUUGGUCAAAACCUUAAAACAAGUCCGAGUUUUUGGGAAAACUGCUUUGCAGCCUCUAUUUCGAUCACUGGAAUGCUACUGGUUUUGUACUUCAUCGGAAAUUUGCAGAUUUACAUGAAGAUUGAGCUGUCUAUGUGGUUGGAUAAUAAAAAGAAAGAGGAGACAAAGAAAGCUAAAGAGCGAGAGAUAGAGUUGUGGAUGAAGAGCAAGGAGCUCCCUCCCAAUAUAAUGCGGCGCGUCAUGCCCCACGUAGGACGCAUGAUAGAAGAAGGGAAAGAUGUUGAUGCCAGGAAUCCUCUCCCACGUCUUCCCACAGAAAUUACAAAGGAGAUUAAGCGCUAUAUGGGUGGGCCACUACUAAGGAGUGUCUUUACAGAGAUGGACGGACAACUGUUGGAUUCAAUGUGUGACCGUUUCAUGCCGGUGUUCUACACAGAGAAAAGCUACAUUGUUUGGGAGGGAGACCGAGUUGAUGAGAUGUUCUUCAUCAUUCGAGGGACGCUAUUGAUCACGACAAACAAUGGUGGAAGAACGGGCUUCUUCAAAUCUGAAUAUCGUAAGGCCGGUGACUUCUGUGGCGAAGAAAUUAUUACUAAUUGGGCUAUGGAUCCCCACUCCUCAUCCAAUCUUCCCAUCUCAACAAGAACGGUCCAAGCCCUUACAGAAGUUGAAGCCUUUGCUCUAAAAGCCGAGGACUUGAAGUUUCUAGCCUCUCAGUUCGAGCUCGGUGGCAAGCAACUUCGAGACACUUGCAGACGUCACUCUCCUGAUCAAUGGAGGAAUUGGGCAGCUUCGAUCAUACAGGCAGCCUGGCGCCGCUAUAAGUCUCUUCGGGCAGAUAAGGAGAAUAAGUUGCAAGAUGCUUUGGCCAGCUCGCUAAGUUUUGGUGCCGCCAUUUAUGCCUCACGGUUUGCUGCUAAUGCACUUUGCACACGGAAGGCAAGGGUGCUAGAGAGAAUUCCACCCGCCCACGUUGCUUCAAAAACCAGCAGAGCCCGAUUUUAUAUUGAAGAACAAUAAGGGUGUAAGAAAUUCCUUAAUGAAGUGUGUAAAGACAAGUGUCGCCCAUAUGCCACGUUAUAAAUCUCUAAACCAUAAGGUCAAAUAUGUAUACUUUACCUGUCUCUGCCAUUCGUACAUGA